AAUCGUCUGUUUUGAGAAACUGCAGGGCCGUUAAACCCUAGUGUGUGUCGUCUGACGUUGAAGAAGAAGAAGAAGAUAAUAAUCAGAUGUCGGAUAACAAAGACCACAACUCUGAUUCAGACUCCGACGGUGCACCCGAGGAAUUCACACAGGAACAGGCAAAGUUGGAAGAUGCAGCCUUGAGGAAGAUACAUAGAGAGAAUAAGGCUAGGGUUGUCCUGGAGAAGAAAGAGAGUCGAAGGCGUUUGGCAGAGAAGAUAACGCCAAGGAAGUCACGGAAGAUUGACACUUUCGAUGAUAUUAAAGAAGAAGAAGAAGAAGAAGAACAUGAGGAAGACCCUGAAGCUCUUGCAAACAAGGGGUUCCUUUCCAAAAACAUUAUAGACUUUCUUGCAGAGCGGGAGAAACAGAAAAACGUUUCGGAUUCUAAAGAAGAAGAGGCCAAACACCCGAGAAAGAAAAAGCUAAAGAGCUCAGGUAUUGAGACGGUUAUAUACAAGGAGAUUCCACCACCGGAAUGCUUGAAAACAGGGUUAGAUUUCUUGAAGAAUCGCAAAGCACAAGUCCCUAGAUCCUCUUCAAUCCUCACGAACUCAAGCCAAGCUCUCCGACUUGUCACCGGUGCUUCUUCAGCCAAGAAACAGCCACGGAGAAAAUAAAACUCUGUGAAAGAUUCCAAAUAUCCUUGUUUUGAUUUAUAAUAUAAAUCAGCUUCAUUUGCUUCA